UCUUCGUCGUGCAUCCAAGCGAGAAAACUGCCGAUUAAUUACACCUUAAUCAACCCGAUAAAUAUUUCUUCUUCGGUUAUUAAAUAUAACCACACACGGCAUGAAUUCGAAAAAUUGAGGGACGCGAGCAAAGGCAGCAUCGUCAGUGGAAUCUCUAAACUCAAAAAGUACUUUAAUCGAUUCGGUUAUUUAGAGGCGGAAGACCGUAUUUCGAAUAAUUGGAGCGAGGAAUUCGAUUCGAAUCUCGAAUUUGCAAUUGCAAAAUAUCAAGAAAAAUUAGGGCUUCCGAUUACUAGAAAGCUCGAUUCCGUUACACUUUCCGAAAUCAUAUCUCCAAGGUGCGGCGUGGCCGACCAAUACACUACUAUGAAAAAAACGUACAGCACCGAGAACUAUGUGUAUUUCACCGGCCGGCCGAGGUGGCAGAGGAAUAUUCCGAUGAGGCUAACCUACGCCUUUUCGCCAACUAAUAUGCUUAAUUUCAGCGAUUCUCUGAAAAUGGUGGAUUUGAAAGGUGCGUUUGGGCGGGCUUUCGCGCAUUGGGCUUCAGUUAUUCCGGUAGGGUUUGUGGAGUCCGACGACUACGAAUUCGCCGACAUCAGAAUAGGGUUUUACUCCGGCGACCACGGCGACGGGGAGGCGUUCGACGGCGUUCUGGGGGUUCUGGCGCACGCGUUCUCGCCGGAGAGCGGGAGGUUCCACCUGGACGCGGCGGAGACGUGGGCGGUGGAUUUCGAGGCGGAGAGGGCGGACGCCGCCGUGGAUCUGGAAUCGGUGGCGACGCACGAGAUCGGACACCUGCUGGGGUUGGGGCACACCGCCGUGAGAGAGGCGGUGAUGUACCCGAGCUUGCGGCCGAGGGAGAGGAAGGUUGAUUUGAAGGUGGAUGACAUUGAAGGAGUGCAAGCUCUGUAUGGGUCAAACCCUAAUUUCAGUUUUGAAGCUUUCUCUGAAUCGGAUUUGCUGUCUGCUAAUGGGGGUUUUGGGGAAGAUGAAGAAGAAGGAACGGAAAUUAGGGUUAGAAUUUGGCUGCUGCUGUUUAUAUAUGUAUUUUUGUUUUGCAUGUAAAAUGCGGGUAAAUUCAAAAGUAUACAUAUUAAUAUAUAGGUCCCUAACAAUGUGUAAAAUUGUAAUUUCCCCCC